UUUUCUUUCUUUUUCUGCUGCAGUGUCUUAUUCUCCCUCCACCAUCUUCAUCACCAACAUCCUCUUCUCCCUCCUGUCUCUAUCUGUCUGUCUGUCUGUCUGGGUCUCCCCCCCUUCCUCCUCCCUCCCUCCAGUGAAGGCACGGCCAGAUACACGGUGACAAAAGAGAGAGAGAGAACGCGCGAGAGAGAGAGAGCGAGAGAGAGCGAGAGAGAGAGAGAGAGUGUGUGUGUGACAGAGAGAGGUAGAGAGGGAGGCUGCAGACUUUCCGAGCAGAGGAGGAAAAGGGAGAGGAGGAAGAAGAGAAACUGUAGAGGAGUCUCCAUCUUCGCCAUUCCAAUCAUGACUCUGGAAGACGGCUUCUGAAUUCCUGUUCGGUAUAAAGACUCUUCAGCUACAGGACCAGUGCCACACCGAGCCCCGACCAGAUGGAGGUGAAUGCAGUUAAAAAACGCCAUCGCACACGAUCCAAAGGAGUCAGAGCCACCGUGGAAGCAGUGACACAGGAGUUAUUCAGCUGUCCCACUCCAGGCUGUGAUGGCAGCGGUCACGUCAGCGGGAAGUACGCCAGACACCGCAGCGUCUACGGCUGCCCACUGGCCAAGAAGAGGAAGGCUCUGGAAAAACAACCACUGGAGCCGGCUGCCAAGAGGAGGCCCUUCCUCACCUCCUGCACGGGGGAGGAGGAAGAGGAGGAGGAGGAGGAGGACGCCGGCGCCUACACCAUCUAUGAGAAUGAAACCAUGGAAGAAGGAAAGGAGCAAGGGGAGGUAGUGGAGGAGGAUGACGAGGAGGAGAGAGAAGGAGACGAAGACGGCGAUGUGGAGGACGAGUUCUCGGAGGACAACGAGGAGCAGGGAGAGGAGGAAGAGGAGGAGGAGGAAGAAGAGGAUGUAGAGGUGGAGAAGGCAGAUACCACAAUGGGAGGAAGGCAGGCAGAGGAGGAAGAGGAGGAUGAGGAGGAGGGGGUGUAUGAGGAUGAGGACGAAGUGGAAGAUGGGGAUGAUGAGGAGGAGCAGGAUGAUGAGGGAGAGGAAGACGAGGAAGAGGAAGAGGAGGAGCAGAAUCGUCAGCAUGUAGAAAAUCACUACAAACUCAGUGGACAAGCUCAUUCGAAGCUCAUUCCCAUUCAGAAGGACGACAACAACAAUAAUAGCUGCACCAUCAGCGCCGGUAACGGCACCGGGGAGGAUUACGAGAACUACGACGAGCUGGUUGCCAAGUCGCUGCUCAACCUGGGUAAGAUCGCAGAGGACGCAGCCUACCAGGCCAUGACCGAGUCGGAGAUGAACAGUAACUCCUCCAACAGCGCCGGGGAGGAUGAAGACGAUGAUGAGUAUAGUAAUCACGGCGAUCGGAAGGGCGAACUGAGCGUGGACCUGGACAGCGACGUAGUCAGGGAGACGGUAGAUUCCCUGAAGCUCCUGGCGCAGGGACACGGCGCUAUGCUGCCCGAGGACGGCUACCCAGACGGCGCCAUGGCGGACGACAUUGGCCAUGCCAACGGGAGGCCCGGGGCGGGGGUUAGGGUUCAGGCGGAGGAGAGCGAGGAGGAGGUGUGUCUCAGCAGUCUGGAGUGUCUGAGGAACCAAUGCUUCGAUCUGGCUCGGAAACUGAGCGAGACGCAGUCGUGUGAUCGCCCCGCCCUCCACGCUCUCCACCACCAGCUCCAAAUCCCCACAGACCAUCAGGCGAUGCAUCACAUGAACAAGUACGACAGCUGCCAGCAGAGUGCACAGGAGGAGCACAGGUCCCUGGAACGCAGCUACUCGGACAUGGUGAACCUGAUGAAGCUGGAGGAGCAGCUGAGCCCGGGGUCCAGAGGUUAUCCAACCAGCUGCAGCCAGGAGGGAGACGAAGACACCACGUCGGUGGCCUCCGACCGUUCGGACGAGACCUUCGACAUGGCCAAGGGAAACCUGUCGCUGCUGGAGAAGGCCAUCGCCCUGGAAUCGGAGCGGGCGAAGGUCAUGAGGGACCGCAUGGCCUCGGAGCACUCGUUGCCCCGCCGGGAUCACCACCAUCAUCGAGGCCACGGUGAGCAUACCUCGAGGCUGAGCUGCGCUGGCGAGGAGCGCAAGUCCAGGAUGCACCAUGACGGGUUAAAGAGGGCGUACUACCCUAAAGACUCUUCCAGGGGGGAGAAGAAGGAGAGCAAGUGUCCGACGCCGGGCUGUGACGGUACCGGCCACGUUACGGGUCUGUACCCGCACCACCGCAGCCUGUCCGGGUGUCCUCACAAAGACAGAGUCCCGCCUGAGAUCCUUGCCAUGUAUGAGAAUGUUUUAAAGUGCCCCACUCCCGGCUGCUCUGGACGGGGUCAUGUCAAUAGCAACAGGAACUCGCACCGCAGUCUGUCUGGCUGUCCCAUCGCUGCCGCAGAGAAGAUGGCGAAGGUCCACGAGAAGAUCCUCCCGACUGACAGCGGCAGCAAGACCAAUCAGACGUCAGACCGUGUUCUCAGGCCAAUGUGUUUCGUCAAGCAGCUGGAGAUCCCUCAGUACGGCUACAAAAACAACGUUCCCACCAGCACGCCGCGCUCCAACCUGGCCAAAGAGCUGGAAAAAUACUCCAAGACGAGUUACGACUACGGCGGCUACGACAGCCAGCAUGGCGGCUACGGGAAGAGAGGCCCGACACCCAAGUCCCACCACGGGCGAGACACCUCCCCGAAGGGAUACGAUGCUAAGCGCUACUGUAAGACGUCGAGCCCGGCCAGCAGUACGACGAGCAGCUACGCUCCCAGCACCAGCAGCAGCCUGAGCUGUGGAGUCGGAGGCGGCGGAGGAGGCGGAGGAGGAGGAGGAGGAGGAGGAGGAAGCAGCGCCAGCAGCACCUGCAGUAAAAGUAGCUUUGACUACACCCACGACAUGGAGGCGGCCCACAUGGCGGCCACAGCCAUCCUGAACCUGUCGACCAGGUGCAGGGAGCUCCCGCACGCUCUGGGAGGGAAACCCCAGGACCUGCUGACACAGAUCUCAGCAGUCAACUUGAGUCCAGUUGGCGACCUGGAAGACAGCGGUGCGGUGGAAGUGGCCGGUCAGCCCAGCGGUCCAGAGGACAGCGGGACGGUGUUGACCCCCCUGGAGCCGAUGUCGCCCCAGCGGCAGGCUCUGCUCAGCAGCCGCUGCUACCAGCUGAGCGAAGCCGACUGCUGGGACCUGCCCGUCAACUACACCAAGAUCAAGCGGCUGGGGGACGAGCAGGACCACAAAGAGUCUUCUUAUUUCUCGUCCCUACACCAGAGCGACGAGAUGGAUCCCUUCCAGGAGCUGCUGGACGAGCAGCGCUACCCGGCCGAGGUCACCAUGCCCAGCCCCAAACACCACAAGUACCCGCCCUGCAAGGAGAGCAAGAAGGAGCUCAUCACGUUGUCGAGCUGCCAGCUGGCCGACAAGAACAUCCGCGGGGUGAUGACGCCCAACCCACAAGAACUCAGGUGUCCAACCCCCGGCUGCGAUGGAUCCGGACACAUCACUGGAAACUACGCCUCCCACAGGAGUCUGUCCGGUUGUCCACGAGCCAAGAAGAGCGGCAUCAAAAUCCUUCACAGCAAAGAGGACAAGGACGACCAGGAGCCAAUCAAGUGUCCUGUGCCGGGCUGUGACGGACAGGGACACGUGACGGGGAAGUACGCCUCCCACCGCAGCGCGUCAGGCUGCCCCUUGGCGGCGAAGCGGCAGAAGGACAGCUACGUCAACGGCUCGCAGUUUGUCUGGAAAUCCGGCAAGACAGACGGCAUGAGCUGCCCCACACCAGGUUGCGACGGCUCGGGACACGUCAGCGGGAGCUUCCUGACGCACCGGAGGUGGGCUCUCUCCGGUUGUCCCCGUGCCUCCUCGGCCAUGAAGAAAGCCAGGAUGAGCGGUGUGGAGAUGCUGACAAUCAAGCAAAGAGCAAGCAAAGGCAUCGAAAACGAUGAAGAAAUCAAACAGCUGGAUGAAGAAAUCAAAGAUCUGAACGAGUCCAACACUCAAGCGGAGUCCGACAUGAUAAAACUGAGGACACAAAUCACCACCAUGGAGACCAACCUGAAGUCCAUUGAAGAGGAAAACAAGGUGAUCGAGCAGCAGAACGACUCGCUGCUGCACGAGCUGGCCAACCUCAGCCAGUCGCUCAUCAACAGCUUAGCUAACAUCCAGCUUCCACACAUGAGACCGCUGCCACAGAAAGAGGCCCCAGUAAAGCAUAACUGCUGUUUACAGAUGCCUCCCAGAGAGCCAAUGAAUGAACAGAACUUUGACACUUAUGUGAGUACAUUGACAGACAUGUACACUCACCAGGACCAGUACCAGAGCCCGGAGAACAAGGCGCUGCUGGAGAACAUCAAACAGGCAGUUCAGGGUAUCCAGGUCUAGCCCUGAUUGAGGCCAAAAUAACAAAUGCAAAGCAAAAACAACAACAACAAAAAAGUCAAAAAGAGGGGAAUGGGUUGUUUUUUGCUGCUGUAAUCUACAAUUGUUCUUUUAAUUCUUCAGCUGUUAUGCUCUCAACUCCAUGGGUAUCUCUUUUUUUAUUGUUUAUUUGUCGUUGCCUUGCUUUGAAAAACAAUUACCAACGUUUAAAACGAACAUUCACGUUUUGUACAUUUUCAUAUGACCUAAUAUAAUGUGAUGUACUGUUUAUAGCUGCUAAUGUAUGCACAUUUUAGUGUAUAUGUAUGUAUUUAUUUAUUUAUUGUAAGCUUGAAUCAUUUCUUAUUUUAAUGUGAGACAUCAAAAAACUUGGCGUCACGGGUUUAACGGGGAGCAGAGCGGCGAGGGGGAAGCUGACGAGCAAUCAUUUUCGAAAGGCUUCUCUCCCAAGCUGUAAAGCUGGAGGAUGUUUAAUGGAUGUAAAUCAUUCAUUUUUGUGUUGUUGCAAAGUGGACACUUAUAUUACUGUAAAUCUUUAGCUAAAAUGACGAGAAGAACCAAUGCUAUAAGCAAGAAGAUUUCAAACAUCAUGACACGGAAACUUACUGGUGCAAAUCCCAUCAUCCCCUUCGGAGUUGUUUCAUUUCAAACUGUCCUGUUUCUGUCGCUUUUCUUUGUUUGUGCGGAGAAUGAAGCGGAAAGACCAAUGGCUACAGAAAACGUAGGAGACAAUCUGCCGUUCUGAAUUUCUUUUAUUCAUCAACCUUGAACUAGCAAAUAGGACAACGUGUCAGCAAUAUUGGUAUGAUAAUAUUAAAUUGUUUGUUUAGAUAUGGGAUGCAAUCUAUAUGAAAAAAAAUGUUUGGGUAUAUGCAAUUUCUUAUGAAUUAAACUAGCAAAGAGCUGAUAGAUCUUUUUACUAACUAUAAAUGUAUUGCGUUUUGUAUAAACCUUUUACUAUAAUCAUGUUUUAGGAAAUCUGACGCGGGUGAAAGGACUUUGGUUCUGUCAUGUUCGACUUUGCACAGGGACACCUUUGUUUCCAUGUUUUGAUGUUUUUAUUGUCGAUUAGGAGGCACUUGGCAGGCGAAAGGAUUUGUAGAUAUGAUUUUUCUUUCUAAAGGCUGACGGCUCCACUGGACUUACAGGGUCAAACGUCCCCAUCCAUCAUUGUAUAUUGCACUUGUUCUGUAGAAAACGUCUUUCCAAUCAUGCAUCUUAUUGUGUGAGCCACAAUGGGACAGUAUGCCGGACAACAUGAUGACCAAGCAGCACUUUUUUAUUAUCUUUGAUUGUUAUUGAAAAGAUGAAUAAAAAGUAGAGCCAGCAGUCGUAGCGCAGCGACUGAGUAUUUGAUCUGAAUCGGCCUUACGAUGACAUUUGGUGUGAAAUCACAGUACUGAUGGAAUACGUUUUCUGAAUACCGUCGAUCAUGCAUGCACUUUAUUGGAGUAUGUCAAAGUAUUAUCACGUGGUAAAUUAAGCAAAAACUGUACAGCAAGUUUGUGGAAACUGUGACUUUGACAAGAAUGUGCUGGUGAUUCCUGUUUGAAAGCAACCUGGAACAAAUUUCACUUGGUUGAUUUGGUUGAAGGAAAAAAGAUAACCCCCCCUUCGGUACCCUUACAUUGUUAACCUCCACUCCACUCCACACACUCCUACGGUUUUUUAACAUCAAAUUCAUUUUGAAAGAUUACCUAAAAACAGUGCUGAACAACAGUGAUGAGCUUCGGUCUUAAACAUUAACCUUAGUUUUUUUCUACAUCGUAAAUGCUCCAUAUUAAACCACCUAAAACACAAAGAUUAAAAACAAAACAAAACUUUAUGUAACCUGUCAAUUGAGUUCAGAGGAGUUAUUUCUGGCGUCCAGGGUUUGAUAAAAGUUCAAUUUAUUUUCUGGGUAGACAGUCAGUACGUUAACAUGCACACUAACAUUACACUAUUAUUCCAAAUAUGACAAUAUUCUAAAUUUGAUACAGGUCAGUUAAACAGCAUACUCCGGUUGGAUAUUCCUAAUAAGGCCUUAUUCAGAAUAAAGCAUUUUCUGAUUAAGACGUGGGAUCAUUUGGUAUUAUUCAAGUUUUAGAGGCAUUCUUUGGACAUGUAUACAACGCCUUGGAAUAUGCGUCUCAAUCUGGAUUUUUUUUACUGCAGUUUGCAACAGUGUACGGCCUGUUUACGGUUUACAAUCAGAUCUGUGUGUUGCUAUUGUUUUACACAUGUCGCUCCCCAAUGUAAGUCGAAUGCAGAUUUGAGUCGCGCAUGUGUCACUUUGCGACAAGUAGCAUACGAGAUGCUAACGAGCUAACGGUAGCAAUUAAUCAACCAUAGAUACCUAAAACUUUUUUAAAUGACUGUUAGCUUAGCUACAAGGUAUAUGUUUGAUUGUGAGCAAUGGAAAAAAAACUUUGGGAAAAAAACAUGUUUUCCACAGAAACAUGUAAACGAGAAUAUUAGUGGAAUAUUGACUUAAUUAGCCACGUAAACAGCUUAGUCUGAAUAUUGUCUUUUUACAAAUAAGGGUAAAAAUCGGAAUAUUAUGUGCAUGUUAACGUAGUGACUGCCUUCUUCCCCUUCAUACUGUUCAUAUUUUUAAGUUAAUGUCCCAUGGCGGUCCACCACUUCUCUAUCACAGAGCUUAAAAUUCAGCUUUAUCCAAUCGUCCUUAACGACGGGUGUAAAAUUAAGAUUCUUCUUUUUAACUACAGCUUAAGCUUUCGGAUUUUGGUUCCAUUAUUUUUUUUUGAAAAAAAAUCAAAAUGGGAUGUAAAUGGACUGUUCUUAUAAAACACUUUUUUUGUCUGAACGACUACUCAAAGCGCUUUCACAUAGUACAGGAAACAUUCACACACUUCCGUACACUAUGGCCGAGGCUGUCAUACAAGGUGCCACCUGCUCAUCAGAUACACUAACUCCGAACUCGGGGUUCGACAUGGAACUGCAGGGCCGGGGAUCGAACCACCAACCUUCUGAUUGGCAGGCGACCCUACCACUGAGCCACAGCCCUGAUGAAAAGCUAAAAGUCCUCAGUCUGGUUCAGUGUCGUACCUCAACCUGCCUCUUCUCAUUCUACUUCAGUUUGAGAUUUCCUACAUUUCCCAGAAUGCCUUUCAGUAGAGAAACGGAUCAAACGAUGUUGCUCUCAGUUAAAUAAAAACAUAUUUUUGCAACCCUAAACAGUAUGAAUAAUGUCCAGCAGAGUGGACGUUAACACUAUAUGAAAGACAUCAACUUUAUAAAGCUCCGAUGUGUGGGGAAUAUUUACUGGUGUAAAGAUAUUUAAUUUAACCAAGAGUUGACUAUAACUUCCACUAAAUCAUAAUCAUUUAAUUGGUGACUCUGAGGAACUGAUUCCUGGCUGAAUGGCAUGUUAACAGCUAAUUGAUUUUUUCUCCAGUUUGCCUUCAAUCUAUAGUUUCCCUCAGGUUGGAAAAAGAAAGUACUAACGGGGGGGGCGGUUUCCUUAAAGAUGCUUCUUCUUUGGACUUUUACUGCAAAGCCUCAUUCCCUGACUUCACAUCUCUGUCCAAAGCUUUGUGUCUGCAGCUUCCUGCCAGUGAACUACUGCAUUAGAUAGACUGACAGCUUAUAUUUUUUAUGUAGUCAGUUAUUCUUACUGAUAACAAAGGAAAUGGGAGUUAAAGCACAAUUCUGCCACUUAAAGACAGUCAAUAGACUAGAUAUUGUAAUAUCAGAUGUAAAAGCUAAACUGUAACUAUUUACAUAGAGAAUCUCAACACUAACAUGUUACAUGCUAGAAUGCAAAAGAAAUCCAUAUGAAUAUUUGUGAAAUCAUCAGUUUAUGAAAAUGUUACAGUUUCUUUUCAGCAGUGCAUUGAUAAGGGGAUUUUAUACAACGUUCAUUUUCUCUCCUUUUACCCCUUUUUCUGUGUUACUCGCAAACUUUCAACAACAGUUUUCUUACCACAUGGCAUGGGUUUUGUUGAUAUUUUUGCUGUACGUUUAAGGUCACGAGAUACACUACGUGAUAUUUUCAUUUGACUUGUGAAGUUUGUACAAUUUUUAUCAUGCUGGUGUUGGCAUCUCUUGCUCUGAAUAAAUCUUGUGUUGCAACACUGA